AUAAGUGUGGAUACAGGUUACUGCCAUCACUCUCUGCCUUCCUCAGGUAACAGUCAUGUGUAUCAGCUUUUUUAAAAAAAAUUGGCUCAGGCCAGUAUCUUAAGUGCAAGAGUAAUUAGUAAGGAGAAGACAUUUUAAAUGUAGCCAUAGGGGACUGAGGAGCAUAGAUGGCCUUGGAGAGGCUGAGAGAAGGUCAUGGGGUUUCCCUCCCUUUUGUCUCAAGUCUGGUGCCAGGUAGUGGAGUGGAAAAGGAAACAGUUUAUUUUUUUAUUCUAUGUGCACACAUACAGUAUACAUAUAUAUAUUUAUAUUACAAUGUUAAGAAACCAAAAAGUUGAGUUUCCAAUGAAAUCCUUGUUUUUAAUAAUCGCCUGUUUUUAAAUGUGAUCAGGACUAUAAUAUUGUACAGUUAUGAGGGCUUUGGGGAGGGGAGGGAGAAGAUGCUCUGGGGGUUUUUGCUUUUCCUUCAGGGUUUUAUUUUUGAUUGUUUUUUUUCUUUGUUGGCCAUUUCUGUACUGCUGGCAUCUCUGCUGAGCCUUACAGUGGCAAAAAUAAUGACAUGUAGCAAGUAUUUUAAAACAAAAUAUUUUUCCUUUUGUAAACUUUGUGUUGUGUCAUCUUAAUUGCGGCUUUAUUAUUCCUUUGCAGCUCAUAAACAACAAACCCUCACAACUAGUUGAACCCAUAGCUUUAGCUCCAGAUAUACAAACAUUAAGCACAACAUAUCUGUAAUUUCACAUGUGGGGAGAUCAUAAGGCUCUGAUCACUCAGCAUUCCUUGGUUGUCCUCCUGAUACUGACUCAUUCUCAGUGAAAUCAGCAGGGACAUCUGACCAUGGCAUGGGGGUUGGGAUUGCCCAAGUCCUCAGGAGGGGAGAAUUAGGAUUUGAGACCAGUCGGGCACAUCUGGAUCUAUUCCCUCCGCGUGUUCUCUUCUGGAUGAAAAGGAAUUAGGGAUGGGGAAAUUUAAAUUAUUCAGGUCUGGACCUGGGUUCCCUCUAGGUUCAUUAGCAAAUCUUAAAACACAUAGGUAUAAAUCUGUGUUCUUGAGACUCUAUUGUAUGUAAUCCAGCCAGAAACAGAAUCUACAUCCUGCAUAUUGUCCUUUCAAUUCCAAGGACCCUCUUUUCUUCUUCCCCCACAUCUGUGUAUGGAGUUUGGGAGUGUGGCCUAGGGACUGAACUAGACUCAUCAGUCACAUGCCUGGAUAUUGGGGGAAGUAUGUGGACGAGCUCAUGACCUGAGGUGGGGAUUUCAGUAAUUGAGAUGGAUAAUGUGCAUCAGGCAUUUUAUCAUCAGAGUUUUAGCAAAAAAGAAGUCACAUGUGAGUCACAUGGCAUUGAUUCAUGUGCUGUCAUAAAUUACCAAGAGUACAGUUUUUGGUUACUUUUAAAACCGGUUUCACCUGGAUUUUCUGGGCAUAUCCUUCCUCAGCAAAUUUAGGCUGGAAGAGCUGGCUGUUCCUGUGUGUGGAAGAAAGGACAACGGUUAGCCAACAAGCUUAUAAAAUAUAAAUUAUUUCGGGGCCCAUGAUUUCUCUUAUUUGCAUAUGGUCUUCUAGCCUUUUGUGUUUAUUACCUCGUCUCUGAUGUGAGUGUUAGGCAAAUUCAAAAGCAAAUUUCAAAGUUGGAGAGACGGAUAACAGGAAAAGAUAUAAUCCCCCAAUAUAAUAUGUAAAAGAAUGGGAGAGACCAGGACUGUGUCCUCUAGCCACCAAGCCCCAACUUGAAUAAUGUGUAUUGAGGUCUAUUUUUGUCUCCCCUGGAAGACAAAUCACCCUGGCUCACACACUCCCGCAUGCAUACAGAACCUGCAGAUUCACUGCCUCCUUCCCUCCUCCCUAAUCCCCCUUCUCAGCAUUUCUAUCUCCGCCUCCCUUCCCUAUCCAAAUUUUCCAGCCAGCAGCUGAGACUGACUUCCGCAAUUCCGAUGGAAUAAAUCCAGCACUCCCAGUCGCCGACAUUAUCCACACUGCCCUGCGGAACGGAACCCAGAGAGCAGAUCCCCAGCAGCAGGAUGUGGGGGCUCAAGUUUCUGCUGUUGCUGCCGGUGAGCUUUGCUCUAUACCCUGAGGAGAUACUGGACACCCAGUGGGAGCAAUGGAAGAAGACCUACAGGAAGCAGUAUAACAGCAAGGUGGAUGAGAUCUCUCGGCGUUUAAUUUGGGAAAAAAACCUGAAGCAUAUUUCCAUCCAUAAUCUUGAGGCCUCUCUUGGCGUCCAUACAUAUGAACUGGCCAUGAACCACUUGGGGGACAUGACCAGUGACGAGGUGGUUCAGAAGAUGACUGGACUCAAAGUGCCCCCCUCUCAUUCCCGCAGUAAUGACACCCGCUAUGUCCCCGACUGGGAAGGCAAAGUCCCGGACUCCAUUGACUAUCGAAAGAAGGGAUAUGUUACUCCUGUCAAAAAUCAGGGUCAGUGUGGUUCCUGUUGGGCUUUUAGCUCUGUUGGUGCCCUGGAGGGCCAGCUGAAGAAGAAAACUGGCAAACUCUUAAAUCUGAGUCCCCAGAACUUGGUGGACUGCGUGUCUGAGAACGAUGGCUGCGGAGGCGGCUACAUGACCAAUGCCUUCCACUACGUGCAGAAGAAUCGGGGCAUUGACUCUGAGGAUGCCUACCCAUACGUGGGAGAGGAUGAAAGUUGUAUGUACAACCCAACAGGCAAGGCAGCUAAGUGCAGAGGCUACAAAGAGAUCCCUGAGGGGAACGAGAAAGCCCUGAAGAGGGCAGUGGCCCGAGUGGGACCCAUCUCUGUGGCCAUCGAUGCAAGCCUGACUUCCUUUCAGUUUUACAGCAAAGGUGUGUAUUAUGAUGAAAACUGCAAUAGUGACAAUCUGAACCACGCAGUUCUGGCAGUGGGAUAUGGGAUCCAGAAAGGAAAAAAGCACUGGAUAAUUAAAAACAGCUGGGGAGAAAAUUGGGGAAACAAAGGCUACAUCCUAAUGGCCCGGAAUAAGAACAACGCUUGUGGCAUUGCCAACCUGGCCAGCUUCCCCAAGAUGUGACUUCAGCCAGCCAACCCCAUCGUGCUCUUCUGCUCCUUCCAUGAUGGUGCAGCGAAGUGAUGCACUUUGGAAGGGAGUUGGUGUGCCCUUCUUGAAGCAGAUGUAGUGCUACAGAGAUUGUCUGUUCAGUCUCCCCAUUUGUUUGUGCUUCAGGGGACACUCCUAGACUGCUUUCCUUCUCUCCACCCAAGGCCUGUAUUUUUCACUGUGGCCGCAGUAGGAAUUUUCCUAACAGCUGUGCAUCCUUAGACUAGAGAUGUGACCACAGCCUGCCUUGGCCCCGUUGUCCUGGGGCUGCGGCUGUGCAGAUAGGUAGACGACAGAGAUCAUCAGGCCGAUGCUCGUUCACAGGGCCCAGGUGGCUUCAACCAUCGUGGGGGGCUAAGGUGAUCUGACUUGUCAAUCUACAAGUUCACUUCUUCUGUAUCCCAAGGUAGAAAUACCUAUGUUUUAUACCUGAUUCAUAAAUCUAUUCAUCAGGUUUUGGUGCAAGUUAACAUGAUACAGGAAAUGUGUUUCCUUUUUCCUUCUUUGCAUAUUUAAAGUGAACCAAGUAUUUAUCUUUUGUCUCUAACUUAAUAAUUAGCUGUUUUGUAACCACUCAUUUUGUGUCGGAUACUGUGCUAGGUGCUGGAGACAAAAAGGCAAAUAAAAUGUAUCCGUUAUA